AGCGGAAGUAACGUUAACUUUUUGUUUUGAUGAAAAUAAAAGGAAACGUGAUAUGAAAUUAUUUCAGUGAGCCUUACAGAAAGCGUUUUUAGAAUUUAUUUUUGAAUAAUUAACCCACCCUCACAAAUAGAAUGGCAUUCUCUAUGUCGAAUUUGGUAAGUACUGGGCAACAAGACUCCACUGUUUGUUUUCUUACUAAUUAGAGUUAGUAAGUUAGUCCCUUAAGUCUUAAGCUAAGUAAGUCAGUAAGGACUCUGUCUGAGUCAAAUCAAAGUAGUAAACUGUAAAGUAAGUCUAGAUUGAGACUAAACUCAAACUAACUCUAAACUUACACUUAAGUCAGACUACUUCACCCACUAAGGCUAUUGUUGAGAACAGUGCCCAUGGCGGCAUUUGCGUGUUUAUUCAAUAUUGUGCAGGAGUCUUGCCCCUUUGUUUAUUUUACUGUUUAUUUUGGUUAAAAAAGGGGACCCCUGCACUUUUUUAUCGAAUUUCACGAAUAUAUCCCUAAAUCGAUCCCUAUGCCUAACCUGAACCCUAAAUCUAUGCCGCAUGCCUAACCUGAACCCUAAAUCGAUCCCUAAACCUAACCUAAACUAAACCCUAAAAGACCCCGUGGCUGCCGUCCUCGGUUUUAGCCGUUUAUUUUCAUUGGACGAGUGUGACAUCAUUUGCGUGUUUAUUCAAUAUUUGUGCAGCUGCGAAGGAAUAUUUUAAUUACCGGUUGGAACAAGAUUUCAUGUGAAUAAUUAAUGAAGAUUAAAAUAAAAGUUACAUUUUAUGUUUUAAAAAAUUAAAUUGUAUGUUUUUAAUAUUCUUACUAAGAGUGUGGGAAUUUUAGAAUGUUCGAAAUAUUAAUGAAAAUAGAAAAAUUAAUUUUCUUGUAGGGUACUUUAAAAUUAUGCGUAUAUAGAAAGGAGUGCUUUAACGUUACGUCGGUUGUCGUCUUCUUUGAUGUGCUCUCUGGGUGUCCGGCGGUAAGUUCGAAAUUUGUUGUUUUUACAUCUACAAUUUGUUUUUUUUUUAAAGAUAAAUUUGGGGUUAGAGACAGGUAUUAAAACCCAACUUACAGUUUCAUGUAAUACACUUUUACACACUUUAUUACAGGUUCCAAAGAAAAUAAUAUGCACAAAUGGGCCACAAAUGAAUAGAUCGCAACAGCCGGCAUUAAGCUAACGUGUUGAAAAGAUGCUGGCACAAAUAAAAUAUGAUAAUUAGCCAACCAAUGAUAAUUUAAAAUUAUAAAUAAUCAACCAAUUAAAAUUUUAAUACAAAACAUGUCAUCAGCACUUUCUCCGACAAUCAAAUAAACGAAGGGGAAUGUCUCCUGCACAAAUAUUGAAUAAACACGCAAACGACAGUAAUCUUUCGGUAAGUAGUUGAUAAAAUGCAUUCUCCCCAACCGUCCCCUUUUCUACAACACGUGUCUUAGCACUACUUUUUUUGUUUUAAUCGGUCGCCAUCUUGGUUGACAUGGCCCGUGACCUUCUCACGGAUCAUGUCAACAAAGAUGGCAGCCAUGUUGGGAAACCCUGGGCAUCGUCCUCAACAUUUACCCUAACUAAACUGCCCCGUGACUAAACUAAUUUCUAGUUGACUAGUAACCGCAGCUACUUUAAUGAUUCCUAGAAUCUAGAGUGACUUUGUCUUACUUAGUGAGUGAAGUUACGGUGACCAGAUUUGGCAAAUUUAAAGAAGAGAUGCCAUGUUUUUUUUCCAAUGGCCGACAUCUUGGUUGACAAGACCAGUUAAUUCUGUCACUAAAUCUAAGUAAAUGUAUCCCUUAACCUAACCUGAACCCUAAAUGUAUCCCUAAACUUAAACCUAACCUGAACCCUAAAUGCCUAAAUGAAUUGAAUGUAUCCCUAAACAUAAACUGAACCCUAAUUCACGGCAACUUUAAUAAACACACAACAGAGGCUGUGGUAUUCGUUCUUAAUUUUAGCCCCAGAUUUUAUUAGGCAUUAGGUUUAACUUUAACCUGGAGGGGUAGAAAGGCCCAGUUUGGGGGGGGGGGGGGUUCCCCCAAGCCAAAAACGGUUUUUGAAAAUUGUCUGAAGAGCAAAGAAAAAAAUUCAUUAGUAUUGACAUUAUAUAUAAUAUAGUAUUAAGCAUAUCAUAUACUGUAUACUCGACUAUUAUAACAAUAGCUUAUUAUAUGCUAUGGAUGUACCAAAACCUUCUGCCUUCUUACAUUGUAGUUGUGUUAAUCAGGAAUCGCAAGUGAAAUAUUUGUGAAUAUGAAUAAUAAAGUCAAAGUAGAAAAAAUGUAUUUUUGGUUAAUAUAUACAAUCCAUGCCACUCGUUUUACAGUGUUUUUCCACUUCACUGCUGCGUCUUUGUUGCUGUUUUGGCAGAUGUGGCAGGCAAGAAAGGUGGCAGCGGUGUAAAAAAAAAGAAGUGCCAAAACAUGUUUGCUAAAAAGUAGUUUAAAAUUAGCAAAAAACAUGCUCAUUUAAUUAAAUGUUUUAAAGAAAAAUCUACAACUCUAUGUUAUGUAAUCAUUCAAUAUCCCUUACUCACGCGUACCUAGUUAUGAGCUAGUUGAUUAGAUAGGGCCUGAAAAAAUCAUUUCAUUGUUACCAAAUUUAUGGUUGUAAUUCAAUUCUAAAGAACGUUAUGAUUCUUAUUGUGAAUUAUUUUGGGAUAACUCUGUUUAUGGAUACAUAAAAUAGUCAUAUAGGAAAAUAUAAAAGUGACUAAAAUGAAAACUGGGCAAAGAGCUGAGAUAGAUGUUAAAUAGAGCAGUAAAUAGAAGUUAUUUCAGCAAUUAAUGAAGAUAACUUUUAAAAACCAAAUAUAUCUGUGAUUUGUGAAGUAUUUCAAAAUCCAAUUCAUCUAAAAACAAAACCAAUCUUAAUUUUAACUCUAUUAUGAAAGUAAAAUGAAUAUUUUCCUUAAUAUUUCCAUGCAAUACAUGUGAGGUAGCUGAGACCAACGUCCUAAAUAAGCCUAUCCUAUAGAAGUGGAAUUUUCACUAUUAAACUAAAGCAAUUAAAUACAAUGAAAUAUAUAUUUAUAUAUAAAUUCUUAGUUAAUAAUAUGUACCUCAAUUAAAUUAAAAUAGUGUUUUUAACAUUUUUGAGCAAUCAUAUUAUUACUGAAGUUUUAAAAAUGAUGUGCUGAGGUGAAUUUGGAGCAAAUUUGCUGCCAUCUUGAAAUAUUACAUUCCUUUUAUGGGUCUGAGCUAUUGGUCCCGAAGCGGAUGUAAUUUGUUCAGAUAGCUUUAAAUAGGAGAAUAGUCUAUCCUCAUCUGGGUGAUGAGUCUCUGGUGCUUGCAUUUCAAACUUCACCAUUGAUCUCCAUUUCUUCUUGAAAAUGGGAGGAAACACCCAUAUGGUGACUGUUUUUUAAAAUUUAAUAAAAUUAUUGUUCUAGGUUGGGGGUAAUUUUAAUUAGCCCAUUCUUGUAGAUAAUUGGAUGCUUUAAACAGUGGUUAUCAUGAAAAUCAAAACUGGUGGAGAAUAUACAAGUAAUUCAGGAAAUGAGUAAAACAGAGUAAGGUUAAACCUGACAAAAGGAACACAACAAAACAAUGAACGUGUCAGUAGGAAGCCUUCUUUAGCGAACAACAGAAAAAACAAAAUAACAUUUUUAAAAUGGCACUAACCUGAGAAGUAGUAUCCAAGAGGGCAGCAAAAGAAUUGAGACAGAAAAUAAGUGGGUGAGAGAUUAAAUAGGGAAGAGGGAAAGAAAAAGAGGAGAAGUUAGUCCACUGCGAUAGGUCCUGACGUGGUGGGGCGGAGCAAGGCUCAAGCUGUGAAUAGAGACAUGACAUUCAUGCCAUGUGAUGUCAAGGUGCCAUAGGUUAGGAUAAGCUUGUGUUCCAAAUUCACCCGGCUGAGUGUGUUCAUGCUAGUUACAAUCGCAGACCUGUUUACUCUUACGAUUUUGGCGUACAAUGUACGAUUUUAAGGUGUAUAGAUUGUAUAUACUGUUUAUUUUUUACUAUAAAUAUAACGUAUUGAACGAUUUUGUGAUGAUAUUCUACGAUUUUAAGAGUUUGAGGGUAAACAGGUCUGCAAUCGCACUAAUUGAAGUCCGCCUAGCUCUGGUGGUGACUUCUUUUUUCAGGUUUAACCUUACUAUGCUUUACUAAUUCCUACUUUGCUAAACUGAUUGCAGUCUCUCCCCUUAUUACCUGAGUAAUUAAGAAAUAGGUUUACCUUAUUUCAACUUGAUAUAUGGUUCCAAAAAAUUUAAUUUAAAAUUAUUUUUAAUAAUGAAAUAAGUUGAUUAUUUAUUUUUUUAAAGUUAACUAUGGAAUCUACUGAACUAAAAUAAGGGCUUACCUUUUUAUGAUAUAUCCUACCUAAUAAUAUGAAGAAAAUCACAGAAGAGAAUGGUCUCAAGUUUUUUCACAAAACCAAAGAUCAGAAGAAUGGAAAGAAAGUGUUAGUUUUGAAGAUUCAGAUGAAGGCAUAAAAAUUUAAAGUUUAAAAAUAAGACUAAGUUUGAUUUUUAUGUGCAAUAUGGUAAAUCACCGUUAGCAUGGCAUUGCUUUUCUACCCAAAUUAAAUGUGUAUUGUGACACAGUAAUUUGUAUUAAAACUAAAAACUCAUGUCUGGAUGCAAAAAAUUUAGUCACAUGUCAUAUCAAAAUUUUCAAAAAAUGACCUGUUCCUGGAUAUCUUAGUUAAUCCAUUGAAUAUUUUCAGACUUGCCAAUUUAAAUUAUAUGCAAGGAUUGGUUCAUUGUUUUCUUUUAACAAUCUCAUUUAAUCCCAGAAUGCCUCAGAAUUGCAACAAGUUGGUGCUGCCUUGACAAGACCUGAGGAGCUUGGAAACAAUGUAAGAAAAUUUAUAAAAAGAAUUAGACUAUGAAAACAAAUUUAGCUAGGCCACAUAACUUUUCAUUUGAAGAAGCCAAAUAGGUUGCAUUCAUUGGAAUUUAUUUUAUCUUAUAAUGAUAUUGACAUGAAGAAACAUUUUGUUUGACAGGGAAAUAUUUUGUUGACUGACUUUUAUUUUAUAUCAGCGCCUACUUAAACAGUUGUAGUGAUUUAAGCAGACCUGCCUUCCCAUAUUAAUUUUACGUAUUUGAUGCUUUUUGCACCUAUAAUAAGAAAGAAAACUGAUUUAUUGUUUUUUUUAAUGAAUAAUUUCACCCCCUCAAAAAAAAAGUUUUGUGUGAACAAUGAGAGUUUGCUGAAUUUCUUGGAAGUUGUGUCACCUCACUUUUUACCUUUUGUAAAUGCUAUCUCUGAUUGGUUCUUUGUCUUUCUGAGGCGCACUUAGUUACAAUGAAAGCCCUCAGCUAAAGCAAAGAAAAUAUCAAUGACCGGUUUACUCCAGUUUCUCCCUUUUCCAUUUCCAUUUUAUUUUGAGUUCUGCUUAAUUUAUGAAAAACGGCAGCUCCCUUUUCAGCUCUUUUUGUCAUUUAAAGGUAAACAUAUAGAUGUAUUUGCUUUGUCUAACAGUUUGAUUUAAAAGGGUUAAUUCUAAAAUAAUUUUUUUCUAAUUAAAGUAAGAAUUUGAGAGAUAUUAAAUACUUUUUAAUGUAUGGGUCUGCUUAAUGGAUUAUAACCUCAUUCUGAUAAAACCCUAUUUUAAAAAGGAUGAUGAAGACUUUUCAAAGUAAUAAAAAAGAAUGUGACAAUGCAGUUGUACUGUAUAUACUUACCUUUAGGUCCAUAUUUGCGAUUAACUUGUAGAUAGGUCGCACCCUCAGUUGGGGAGUUACAUGGCCCCUUUUUAACAUAAAUAUAACUAAUAUUUGUUAAACAUAUAUCCCAAAAUUUGUCCAAUACAACAUGAAUACUGAAAAGAAAUCAUCAUAAACUAUGUGAUUUUUAAAAAACGGCCUACCGCUGGAGUGAAAGUUUUCCUGUUCUGAGCAUUGAGCAACAUUGACUUAAUUGAGCUUUUUGAACACAUACAUUUUUAUUUUUAAUUUAAAUUAUCUGUUGCUUAUUGUUUUCUAUUGUCUCCUGAAGAAGGCAUCUAGCCAAAACAUCUGUUUAGUUAUCCUGUCUUUUAUAUUCAAGCCUAAACAUAUCUUGUUCCACUAAUUAUUUACUUCACACCACUUUACGCUUUACCUCAUAUAUAAUUGUAUUAAUUACUUAACACUGAAUAACAGUAGGCAACUUUGAUGUUGAGUGGAUAGUCACACCCCUGAUCUUAUAAAAAAAAAAUGUUAAAGUGUGCCCCUUACUCAAGUAUGUAUGAUAAAAGAUAUUGGGAACCAUAUUCCAGCAUUUACCAAAUUUUGGAGCCCAGAGCAAAUAAACAGGCCAUUUUUAGCUGAUGCAUAUUUAAGUUUAAGAUAUUCUUGUUUUGCCAGAUUAUAAAAAUUAACUAACUUUUAAAUAACAUACUAGUUAUAUUAACAUUCAAAUUAAUAUGAGUAGCCAUCUUUCGGUCUUAUUUUGCAGCUUUCAAUUAAUGGUUUUAUGGUUUUGUAUAUUUUAAUAACAUCAGUAAACAAACUUUUUUUUUAAAAUGGAUGCCAGGAUUUUAACUUUUAACUUUAAUCAUAGUAUUGGAAUUAAUUUAUCCUGGAGUGUUUUAAGUACCGUAGUUUUUGCAGUAAUUGAAAUUCAAUCAUUUGUAACAUCUACUCUGAAAUGUUAUAAGGUUGUUUUUAUUUCUUAGAGUAAUGUGGAGAUGCAGUGGGCUAUGAAAGCAAUGGAUCAUGCAACUGUACAUUACAAUGUAAGUUUAAAAGUUAGAAGUUUGUUGGGGGUGGUUUUUUCAUCCAAUAGACUCCAUAUUCAACAUACUUUUAAACUAAAGUUAUAAUAUAGUAUUUAUUUAUGUCUCAUAAAUUAAAUCAGAAGACUAUUUAAUUAUUUAUUUUAUCCCUAUGAUUUCACUUAGUAUGACAAUGCUACAAAAACUUGACAAUCAUUUUUUUAAAGCUCAUCACAUCAGUGGAUGCCUCCUGUCUGAGAUUGACAAAGGUUGAUGACAAAAUAUACACAAAGUUUCGAGAAGAGUUUCCAGAUUUAAAUGUUGCAAAACUGACUGAAAGUGAUUUGAAAACACCAGAAGCUAAGGAGGUUUGUUAAAUUUUUUAUAAAAUUACUUUUUAUAUCCCCUUGUCACCUGUAUCUAUAGACUUUAUAUAUAUAUAUGGCAUCCUUCCGUCUUCGUGAGUUCUACACUUUGACGAGUGGCUCACUAGGCCAAUCCUAGAAUGGCAAUCAGGGCUGCACCUCUCGCAGGAGAAUAUUGAAUCCCGGUAAAUUCUUGAUUUCCGAAUUGUUCUUUUUGAUUUAAGGGCCUCGUUUCGAGUAUCUUCUGCCUUUUUUACUCCUUCAAACACUGCUGUUCGCCAGUUGUAGCCAUGUUCGGCAAUGAACUCCCAUUCGUUUGUUUCAAUAUUGGCUUCCCUCAUGCUUCGUUUGCAAACGUCAAUAAAUCUCAGGCGCGGUCGUCCAAUAUGUCUUGUCCCUUCUACCAACUCUCCAGCAGUAUCUUUGGAAUAUGCCCUUCCUCCAUUCUCAAUACAUGACCUAACCAGCGAAGGCGCCUCUUCGUUAGAAAGGAGAAUAUGCUAAACAUGUGUGCACGUUCCAAAACCUCCACAUUAGGUACACUGUCCUAAAAAUGCUACACAGACAUCUUUGAUGGAAGCUGUUGAGUUUCCGCUCCUGGCUGAUAUAUGUGGUCCACACUUCGCUACCAUAUAGGAGCGUGCUAAGCAUGCAUGCCUGAUAGACUUUAAUGUGCAUACAAAAAGGGUCAUAUUUGUUACAAAAAUGAGCUUAAAUCAGAUAGAUGUAAAUAUUGUGUUUUCAAUGCACUUUGAGAUUACAUUAUGUCCAAAUUUAACCCAUUUGUUUUUAAAUGAUAGCCAAAAUCUCACAGCUGCAGAUUGGAAAAAUAGUUCUUUGCUCUUACAAAAAAAAAAUUUACUUUGUGCUCACAGGGUAAUACUAAAUGAUGUGACAAUGGUUAGUUCCAUUUUACAUUUAAGUAGGUUGAUGAACCAUAUUCAUCUCAUGAAAAAAAAAUAUCUUUGUUUGAAAUAAUUGAAAUUGUUUCUAACUUAGAUGAAUCUGAGGAUGAAGGUUUAAAAUAAUUUUCUCUGACUCGGAUAGAAUGCAAAGUAACAACAUAAUGUAUAUUAUACCUUCUAGUCGAAGUAUUCUUAAAAAAAGAAAAGUACUUUCAAAAUAUAAACAUUAACAGAUUAAAAUAAUUAAAGUCCAUUAUUAUAUCUCUUUAAACUAUCUUUAUUACCUGAGAAAACUAUUGAAAGCUUAGAUUGGAAACUCAAUACUACAAAGACGCAGUUCAUGGAGAAAAAUGCUAUAGUGGAGGACACAAUCUCUGUGAAUAACAGCUUACUGGUAGAUGUGACAGAGUUUGAAUAAUCAGGGAGAAAAAUCACACUAGAGACUGAUGGUGACCCUGAAAUCAGCCAAGGAAACCACAAAUUUGAAAUAGUGCCAUCCUACCAGAUCAACAACACCAAGGCUAUUAACUGGAAGUUCUCCAGACCAAAUGUUUGAGAAGGAUCCAUGAAACUGAACCUUCAAGCUCAAUUAAUUUAAAAUUUGGAAUAGUGAAGAUGUUAAAUUUAUGUUUUAAAAUUUGUUUUGUUUUGGAUUACCAAAAACAUUUAAUUUAUGUUUUUAUUUGCAAUAUUCCCAUUUUUUUAUUAAUAGAAAUGGAGAACCUUCUGUGAAUCAUUCAAGGGAGAAAUUGAAGAUUACAACAUGGGUACUUUAUUACGACUUAACUGUGAAGAUGAUUAUAAUCCGGAUAGUACAAUUUUCAGUAUGUAAUUUCUAAUUUCAUUUGGUCAGAUAAUUCUAUGAUUUAAAAAAUGAUGAAGAAUUGCAUAAUGUUUUGAGUAUAUCGUCACCAGUAGCUGAUUAAAAAAAAUAUAUAUUUACAUUUAAAGCACCUGGUAAAAUGGCAGAGGAAGUUUAUGAAUGUAAAUGUGUUUGUAGUUUUAUAGCGGGUACUAGAGUUAAAGCUGUGUCUAUAAGUGACUGUAACAGACACAAAAUUUCAAUUAAAUCGUAAAUGGAUUUUAACAAAAACAUAAUCCCUGAAGUUUCAUAAUUUUUUUAAUGGAUGCACAUUGUUUCAAGGUUUCCUACAUUCUUUUUCCUCAGAUGAAAUAAAUUUCACUCAUCAUAGGGCAAAAAAGUCAUUCAAUUAUCACAUGAAACACAUUAACAUUACUGAAAAUAACAUUAAAAACAUCCAUUUGGGUUUGACAUAGAAGUAAAAUCUUAAAUUUGAACUUCUAAAAUAUUUAAAAGAAAUUUUUAAGCUGAGUCAUUGGUAAUAACGUUUAUAAAGAUUAACAAGUUAAAUAUCACUCCAGAGCUUUUGUACCAUCUGCUUUUAUCUGUGUAUAUUUUAUAUUUUCAGGUGUCAGAACUCAGUUCCUAGCCAUUGAAAUAGCAAGAAACAGAGAGGGUCACAACAGCUGUUUGUUAAAGAAAAAGGAAAAAAUAAACAAGUCAUAGCAAUAAAUACAACUUUUGUUUUGCAGUUUGAUUUUAUUAUUUUUCAUACAAUGACACAUUUGGUAUAGUUAGAUCACACAUCUAAAGAAAAAUUUAAGCUUAUUCUUUUAUUAAAUUAGGAGACUUAAAGGAGUUUUAAAAAGCUUCUUUUUAAAAAUUAAGAUAACACGGACCAACCUACAUAAAAAAUUGUGUUUUUUUUUUUGUUGUUGUUGUAGAAUGUUGUUUAAAAAUGUGACUCAAAAAACAAAAAAAACUUGUUGACUUUUGUUUUCAUUUACAGAAUGUGAAAAUUAUUAAAUGUCUAAGAGUUAUUCAUUAAAGAUUACUUUCUAAAUAACAUCUGAUAGGCAAUCGUUUUGCAUCAAGUAACAGUCAUUAUUGUUCAUUAGUGUUUUUAUUUCUGUUAUAAUCUCACAUAUAAUUGAAGUAAGAAUUUAUUUUAAACCAUCUUAUUUUUUCUGGGAAAAUUUGCAAUAAUUAUUUAACGUCAUUUGCAUUUUUUAAAUAAGUCAGAUUAUGUGCAGAGUUUAAAUUUAGUUUCAAUAAAUAGAUGUAGACUUAAAGAUAAUGCAAUGUGUAUAGCUUCUGAUGUAUUUCUUUAAAAAUCUAAUAUUUGACAGUUAGUAAUGUCAAUCUUGGUGGGAAUUGUAAAAUGAAUUUUAAGAAUAUUAUUUUCUACUUUUAUUAUGAAAAUUUUAAUCUGUAAAUUAUUGAAGAAUUUUUUAAAACAAUGAAUUCUUCAAACAUCACAGGUAUAGUGGUAUAGUAAACUCGACUCUGUACCCAGGCAUGAAACUAAAAGUAGAAUUUAACAACUUCUUGCCGUCUGGCGUCUAAUUGCUGAAAUGCCCCAAUCCCUUUUUGAAAUCUUACAGAUAGGACCGAUGUAUGUUGUUAGCAAAGAGAUAGGGUUGUUGUUUUUUAAAUACUUUUCUUAUAACCCCAUCAUCACCCCGACCCCCCUCUCCCUCAACCCAGCAUAUCGAGCUGCAGCUCUGUGUCAUCAACUCAGAUGUGACCUUACAGGUCAGCAUGAGGCACACUGGAUCACGUGAGAGGGUCACACAAGAAAAAAAAUUAUGCUACAAAGAUAAAACUUACAAACCCAAAGAUUUGAGAGUAGAAAGGUUUUUUUUUUAUUAAUUGUUUUUUGACUUACCAAUUUGUUUAACAUUGAUGUAAAAAGAACCUGUUGCAUUUAUUUAAAAAUAAAGAAAUUUUAAAACGCUCAGUAUUCCUAAUUUAUUUUUGCUCAUUAGUUGUUUUUUUCUCUUCUCAAUUAGGUUAACAUAAUAAAUUAAUUAAACUUAAAUAUGAACCGUACCAUAAUGAAAUACCCUUAUAUAUACAUAAGUUUCCGCCAAUAAAAUCUAAGGCAUUCAAAACCACUUUCCAAGGAAAAU